AUGGCCACCGACAAGCCCGACGUCCCGGACCAACGCGCCGGCGUGCCCUCGAGAAAUCCCCUGCCGCUAUCGGCCUCGCAGGAGUCGCAAGUACGAGACAUUUACUACGCCCGGGUUCGCAGCCAGUGUGCCGAAGAGAUCAAAGCCUUUGCCGCGUGCGCCCUCGGCCGCACCCUCACCGUGUCCUUUGCCUGCCGGGCCGAACACCGCGUCAUGAACAACUGCAUGAAGCUGCACGCGACGCCCGAGGAGCACGACGCCGCGCGCGAGGAGUGGUUCGCCAUGCGGAUGGAGCGGCACCGGCAGCGCGAGCGCAAGGCCAAGAUGGCCGUGGCCCAGGAGGAGUUCCUCCGCGAGUGGUGGGGGCUCCCGGAGGAGGUGAGGGCGUCGAGGCAGCGCGAGCUGGAGAAGCUGGGACAGGCGGAGAGGGUGGGUGGGAUGACGGCCAAGGACAGGCCGCAUGGCCCUGAUGGCGGCAGAUGA